GCGGUGCGGCGCUCGGCUGUUCGCCCGCCCGCCCCGGGCUGCUGGGGCUGCGCGCCUGCAGGGAAGCGCUAUCUGCUAACAGAAGAUGAUAUAAAGUUGCAAGAAUUUCAGCAGAUGAAAGUCGCAAUUAUAAAAGAAGUCCACGGCAAUAAAGAUCCGUAUUUUAAAAGUAUUACGGAAAAAUUAAAGAAAAAUGGAAUUAUUCUCAGAAAUGAAUUAAAAAAUUUACUGCAUUUAUGUCAGACUUCAUCUGAUGUGGAACUAGCCAGAAGAGUUAUUUACAGGUAUUUUUAACAAUCCAGGUACCAUGAACAGAAUGGAAUUACAGCCUUACAAAAUUUUAAAUUUGGACCCCUCUUUAUGAGGCUAUGUUAUGACCUGGACCUUGAAAGACCUGCCGUAGAACUUAUCAAAGAUAAGAAUUUGCGUGGUUUUUUCUCAGAAAGUACAUCGUUCCAUAUUCUGAUGACUAUGUUGUUUAAAAAGGGCCAUUAUGAAAGUGCUUUGGAAGUUCUGAUAGAAAUGAAAAAACAAGAUAUACCUUUCAACAAAGAAACCUAUCUACUUGCAUUUGCAAUAUGCUACAAACUGGACAGCCUGGACUCUUUCAAAAUCUCUGCAAAACUGCUUGAAGAAGCACAGCUAAAAGGUGACACAUUACCACUGCGAGCAUUAUGCUUUGCCAUAGCAUCUGCUCUGAAGCAGAAUGAUUUAGCACAAGCCAAAUUUUGUUGUUCCCAGAUAAUGAAAACAGAGAACAAACUAUACAAUAAUCUUAAAGUUCUUGUCCAGCUCAGAUCUGGUUCACUAGAAGAAGUAAUAAAGACAUUAGAGGCAGCAGUGGAAGUAGAUACUCCUCCCUUUGUGAAAAAGAUUGAAUUUUCUGAGCAGGUGCUGGCUACAGUCAGGGAGAAGAUGGAAGAAAACCCCGACCUUUCUGCCAGAUUAGGAGAUAUUUGUAUGAAACUACAAGCUUCAGGACGGAUAACCAUGUGCACGCUGGAAGACAUGCUUUUCCAGAUUCCUAGUUCAAAGAAGGCCUCUGCAAAGCUUCUAAAUCACAAGCAAUUUGGAUAUCACACUGCUAAACCACUUCAGUCAAAUCUAUUGGUGGAAUAGUUCAAUAUUUGAUGGCAAACUGAACUGCUGUUAACAUCUCUUAGAAGCCAGGUUUUAAUAAAAGGUCUUCUCCCCUCCUCCACAAUGA